AUGCCCUACAUGAUCCUCAAGGUCACGCACGACACAAAGCCCAAGCCAAUAACGCGCCUCCUCCCGCUCACCUCCUGCCCAACCUGGUCCGCCCUCACGCAGAAAAUCGCGACUCGCUUUCAGCUCACCGUCCCGCCCAUCGCACUCACCUACUCCGAUGACGACGACGACGAGAUCACCCUCUCGAGCGAUAUCGAGCUGGAAGAAUUGUGGCUCGCUACGCUGCCGACUAUACUCAAGCUUGAGCGUGACUCGGGCACUAAGGACGACGCGGCGUGCGUGAAGAUGCAAAUUGUGCUCCCGUGGCAGCAGGAGCAGGCGAGGGACGUCAAGCUGGAAUCCGUCAGCGGGUCGGUUAGCGGCAGCGUCUCGCCUCUCCUCCAACGCAAUACCCAAACUCCCGCCGGUUUCGCCCCUCCUCCGCCGAGGAACUGUCAAUCGACAUCCCCAACAACGCCGAAGCAACGUAACGCGCCUUCCGAGCCGGCAAAGACUCCGGACGCUCCCUUUCGCGGCGUGAGCUGGCAGGACGGAGGAACGGACGCUCCCGCAGUCGACGAGAAGCCGCACCCUCAUGCAUCCCAGCACGCAUGCUCAAGAGCUCAACCUGAUGGGGCGGAGCACCUCGGCGCAGAGAACCCUGCGGCAGCACCGACCUCGCCAGCCCAUUCGACGAGCCCUCCAGCUCCUCUGCCCCGUACUCUCAGUCCUCAGCGCAGCUAUUCGAGCGACAGCAGCGGCACCGGCUGA